AUGGCUACAGAAGCAUCUGCUGCCGUCGCCGCGGUUCCUACACGUACUGAAGAAGACCUGGCCUUUCUCUUCAAGCGAUUUCCCGGCUACCUAUUCACUGAACGCAAGGGGCCAGCGUGGUCGUGGGUAUGGAAAUUCGGGUAUGAUAUUUCACGCGACGGCAAAGACCGUGUAUGGGUAUGCCUUCGAUGUAUCCAACAACGCAACCGGAAGCCAGCCGCCUAUAACCCACGAAAUCUUGUGAACGUCGAGAUUCAUCUCUUUAACUCUCACCAGCUUAGCGAUCCUACCGGUAAGCGACCGCCGCCUUCUGCCGUCAAGCCCCAACGCGAGAGCAGCAAUUCGAGAUCCAUCGCCACCUUCUUCAAUCUCAAUGCGAAUAACGCCGAGGAUCAGAGGAUGGCCAACCACUUGAUCAGCGCGUUCGAUAGAGCUGAGUUUAAACGAAGGAUUGUAGGAUGGCUCAUCAGCGCCAAUAUUCCUUUCCGCACAGCUGAACACCCUUAUCUUCGCGAUGUCUUCUCCUACCUCAACCCCUCUGUCGACAUUCAAAUCGCCAACCUCUCCGAGAAGACUGUUCACGCCCUCGCUGUACGAGAGGUUGAGCGGCAUAAGGAUGCGGUGGUUAAGACGCUCCAGGAGAGCCCCGGGCUGUCUUCCGAGACGAAGAGGGCACGCACGCCUCACAAGAUUGUGCUCGGUCUGCCAGAGAUGAGUGACCGGCAUACGGGUGAGAACAUCGCGGAGGCCAUCCUCGAUGUUAUUAGAAACUAUGGUAUUGAAAAGAAGAUUGGCUACUUCACUGUCGACAACGCUACAAAUAACGACGCCGCGUUGAAAAUAAUCGGUGAGAAGCUCGGCUUCCAGUGGAAAGAGAGGAGAGUUCGAUGCUUCGGCCACAUCAUCAACCUAGUAUGUGCAUCUCGCCUUGUCAACCUACCUAUCACUGACCGUGAGAAGGAGGUCAACAGGUCAGACCUCUGGACCAAGAAGCUCAUCUCGGCGCAAGAGCAACGGAUCCGAGAAGCCUCCGAAGGUGAGAAGAUCAAGAAACACACGCCGGUCGGAGUGGUGACAGACAACGCUACGCGGUGGCUCUCUCAGUACUUCAUGAUGGAACGCGCUCUUCAACUCCAGCCUUUCUACGAGACCUUCCUCUUUGAGGCGAAGCUUCACGUUGACUCGCAGUUCCGGACGACAGCAGGCACUCUAAAGAAAGGCGCGAAGGAGCCGCUCUUCUUAAAUGAGGAGAACAAGUUGACCGCGAACGACUGGGAGGUCAUCUCUGUGUUGAAAGAGAUCCUUCUCGACUUUGAGCUCGUUGUGAAAGCUCUUCAGGGCGACGGUCAACCUCGUGAGAAGAAGCGCAGCUCCUGCGAUGAGCCGAUCAGUCUAGUACAGGGAGCAAGCUGGGAUCUUCUCGAUGGGUACGAGUUCCUCCUUGAGUCUCUCGAGAGAGCGAAGGCGAGAGUUGAAGACCUCGUUGACGGCGAACACGUCGCUAUUAACGUCAACAACGCAUGGAUGAAGCUCGACAAAUACUACGAGAAGAUCGGCCAGUCUCCUCUCAUCUACGCUGCCACCGCAUUGCACCCUCGGCACCGAUGGGGUAGGUUCGAGGCGUGGCGUGAGCAUCACGCUGACUGGAUCGAGCCAGCGAAGUUACAAGUCCGAGAACUCUGGAGGCAACAAUACCGAGACCUACCAGUCGAGCAGAAAGAGGCUUCAGAACCACCCACGAAAAUCCCCCGCCUCUCGAGCAACAGGUUCGCAAUCUUCAGAACCCAGGAGCGAACUCCAACAAACUCAGCACCCACCUCUCCUUCACCCUUUCCAUCGCCAGCGCUGGUCGAACUUGACGAGUUUGAGCGUUGGCAACUAGAUAAUAGCGACUUUGAUCGGUACGAGGAGGAUCCCCGUGCCUACUGGCACAAGAGAAGGAACACCUACCCACGGCUUGCGCGCAUGGCGUUGGAUCUACACACGGUGCUUCCUAUGAGCGCCGAAGUUGAGCGCUUGUUCAGCGUUACUGGCCAUAUGGUUACUCCUUUACGCAACCGGCUACAGGCGAACACAAUAUCUCUCUGUCAGAUCCUCCGCAGCUGGUACGAUGCCGGCGUGAUUGAUGAUCUCGAUCCAAUACUGUCAUGGAAGACACACGGACACAUGGAAGAUGAUUGA